AGCCACACCCCUAUACGGGAGGGAGAGGGGAAUUUUGCGCAGCGGCCCUACUGUUUUGUUACCAGGCAGAUUGCGUUUGCUAAGCGUGCUCCCGCUGAGACACACCCCCUCCUCUCCACUUUCCAGCACCGCUCCCAAGCGCGUCCCCGCAGCGAACCGGUCCUGUGGGGACGGGGAAGGAGGAGAAGAGAGACCGUGACAGCCAAGGGUGUGCAUAGGAGCUAGGCCGAACCAAAGGCGUGUAUGCACCAAGCCAGCCGUAGGGAGUCUCAUGAGAAGCGCUUGCAUGCUGGCGAGAGUCUGCUUCCAGAGGGGCUAAAGCUACGGUGGGAAAGCAGCCUGCAUGUUUGCACUGGAUCUAGGGGCGAGGUCCCUGCAGAUUGUCAGGGAUUGAGCCGGGGGAAGAGAUAACAUUGGUUCCUUGGUGACAGGUGCGCUGGGACCGCAACCAAUUGUAGGGGCCACUUAGUACUGAAAAUACAUUUAUUGUUAGAGCUUUCUGUGACUCUAAUUGGAACGCAAAUAUAUGUUGCACUAGGUCAGUUAUAUAGCAGUGCUAGUGAGGCUGAGGGAUAUAGGGGCAGACUUAAUAUUGCAGUGUGACCAUCACUGGCAUGUUCCACCUCUGCGCUUAGGAUAACUUGGCCCCUGCGGAACUGACUGGGGGAGAGGGAAAGACAGGGGGAAGUAGUUUUCUUGACCCAGAAACCUAAAGGCUAUAUUAGGCUUAUAGGGGCCAUGGUGAGGUAUCAGGAUUUUAGAGCAUGUAAUACACUGGUGGGGUACCAUUAGAGUAUAUGACGUGCGUAAUAAGGUUCACAGGAGUGUGGUGGACAUGGCGGAGCGGGCAAGUUGUGCGCUUCUGGAGUCGCUGCCUGCAGAGGUCAGAGAAAGUUUGGCGGAACUGGAGUUGGAACUGUCUGAAGGUGACAUCACUCAGAAAGGCUAUGAGAAGAAGAGAGCUAAACUGCUGGCUCGAUAUAUCCCUCUCAUUCAAGGUAUAGUCCAUGGCUGGGUAGAUCCUUCACUGCAAGCAGAGAACAAGCUUGCCGGCUCCUCACAGAUCUUAAUAACGGCAAACAAGCAGCAAAGGUCCCGUUCCACCAGCUCGAGGGAUGAACGCUUCCGAUCGGAUGUUCACACGGAAGCUGUACAAGCUGCGCUGGCCAAAUAUAAGGAGAGGAAAAUGCCCAUGCCUUCCAAGAGACGUUCUGCCCUUGUCCAGCCCUCUGUAGACACCUACACUCCACCUGACACGUCGUCUGCCUCGGAGGAUGAGGGUUCAUUGCUCCGCCAGGGGCACAUCACAUCCACACCGCUCCAGGGUCAUUCCAACGUGGAGCCCUGGAUUAGCAGAGUAACCCAGGGCUCCUCCACCUCAUCAUCUGCAUCCUCCACCUCAUCCCACCCAGGAGCCAAGCCUGCUGCCUCCAACAACUGUCCAGUCAUCGCGGCUGCUACAAUGCUGGCAGACGUCAUGGCACAUGCCCAGAUGGAGAGUGUUUUUGCUCCCCCAGACGUAACAACAGGGCUUCUGGGACACUCUCACCAUGAGCGCCCACAGGUGGCCUCUGUCCGAGGUGUACCACGGGGGUUUAACAGCAGCAUCCUAGAAACAGCAAAUGGAGUCCCAGUAAACAGCAGGGUUUCUUCCAAAAUACAGCAACUUCUCAAUACAUUGAAAAGGCCAAAGCGCCCACCUCUCAGAGAGUUCUUUUUGGAUGAUUUUGAGGAGCUCCUUGAAGUCCAGCAACCGGAUCCCAACCAGCCAAAAGCAGAGGGUUCAGAAAUAGCUUUGCUCAAGGGGGAACCACUAGGGGUUGUGUCUAACUGGCCACCUUCAUUGUUGACUGCUCUGAACCGAUGGGGCACCACACAGCCAAAAGCACCCUGUCUAACCUCCUUGGACACCACUGGGAAAGCUCUGUACACACUCACUUAUGGCAAGCUGUGGAGUCGUAGUGUUAAACUUGCCUACACCCUCCUAAACAAACUGACCAACAAGAAUGAGCCGCUGCUGAAACCAGGGGACAGGGUGGCGCUAGUUUUUCCCAACAGUGAUCCUGUUAUGUUCAUGGUUGCAUUUUAUGGCUGCCUUUUGUCAGAGCUGAUUCCUGUGCCCAUUGAAGUUCCACUUACCAGGAAGGAUGCUGGCAGUCAGCAGAUUGGAUUUCUUCUGGGAAGCUGCGGAGUGUCCCUAGCUCUCACAACAGAUGCUUGUCAGAAAGGACUUCCUAAAGCCCAGAGUGGGGAUGUGGUGACAUUUAAAGGAUGGCCUCGCUUGGCAUGGUUUGUUAUUGAUGGCAAACACUUAAUGAAGCCUCCCAAAGACUGGCACCCUCACAUUAGAGAUGCCAGCAAUGAUGGGGCUUACAUAGAGUAUAAGACCAGCAAAGAGGGCAGUACUAUGGGCGUCAUAGUGUCUCAGGCUGCAAUGUUGGCACACUGCCACGCUCUGACUCAGGCAUGUGGCUACUCGGAAGCGGAAUCAUUGAUCAAUGUUCUUGACUUCAAGCGGGAUGCUGGACUAUGGCAUGGCAUUCUGACAAGUGUUAUGAACCGGAUGCAUGUGAUCAGCAUCCCCUAUGCUUUGAUGAAAGUGAAUCCUCUGUCCUGGAUCCAGAAAGUCAGUGCCUAUAAAGCACGUGUGGCCCUAGUCAAAUCCCGUGACAUGCACUGGUCCCUCCUGGCACAGCGAGACCAACGGGACUUGAGCCUCAGUUCCCUGAGGAUGCUGAUUGUAGCAGAUGGAGCAAAUCCAUGGUCAAUAUCUUCCUGUGAUGCCUUUCUCAACGUCUUCCAGUCUCGAGGCUUACGUCCUGAAGUAAUAUCACCCUGUGCCAGCUCUGCUGAGGCACUAACAGUGUCAAUGCACAGACCACCAGAUCUAGGCGGAGUGCCACCCGGAAAGGCUGUUUUAUCAAUGAAUGCUCUAAGCUACAGUGUUAUACGUGCAGACACUGAAGAGAAGCUGUCUGUGCUGACUGUGCAGGAUGUGGGCCAAGUCAUGCCCGGAGCUAGCAUGUGUGUUGUGAAGACUGAGGGGGCACCAUACCUAUGCAAGACUGAUGAGGUUGGCGAGCUCUGUGUGUCCUCUUGCUCCACUGGCACAGCAUAUUUUGGUCUCCAAGGGAUCACCAAGAAUGUAUUUGAGACUGUUCCACUGACUGCUAGUGGGGAGCCGGUGGGUAACCAGCCCUUUACCAGAACUGGGCUUCUUGGCUUCAUAGGACCAGAGCGGUUAGUGUUUGUUGUGGGAAAGGUGGACGGACAAAUGAUUGUAAGCGGACGAAAACACAGCUGUGAUGAUGUUGUUGCAACAGCCCUGGCUGUGGAGCCAAUGAAAUUUGUUUACAGAGGCAGGAUAGCUGUGUUCUCAGUAAAUGUUCUACAUGAUGAAAGGAUUGUACUUGUGGCAGAGCAGCGUCCAGAUUCCUCUGAGGAGGACAGCUUUCAGUGGAUGAGCAGAGUACUCCAGGCCAUUGACAGCAUUCACCAGGUUGGUGUGUACUGCCUGGCACUGGUGCCUGCCAACACUCUGCCCAAAGCGCCACUUGGUGGCAUUCAUAUCUCUGAAACCAAGCAGCACUUUCUGGAGGGCUCUCUGCAUCCAUGUAAUGUUCUUAUGUGCCCACAUACUUGUGUCACCAACCUACCUAAGCCACGCCAAAAACAGCCAGAUGUAGGUCCUGCGUCUAUGAUUGUGGGGAAUCUGGUGGCAGGGAAGCGCAUAGCCCAAGCUUGUGGGAGGGAUGUGUCUCAGCUUGAAGAUAACGAUCAGGCAAAAAAGUUUCUAUACUUGGCCGAUGUAUUGCAGUGGAGGGCCCAAACUACCCCUGAGCAUGUACUUCUCUUACUCCUGAACUCUAAGGGCGCAGUGUCAAGUUCUGCAACCUGUUUGCAGCUGCACAAAAGGGCAGAACGUAUUGCUGCUGGGUUGGUUGAGAAAGCUCACCUCAAUGUUGGUGAUCACGUGGCCCUGGUGUAUCCUCCAGGAAUUGACCUUAUUGCCACAUUUUUUGGCUGCCUCUAUGCUGGCUGUAUCCCAAUCACCGUACGGCCUCCCCACCCACAAAACCUUGCUACCACACUUCCCACAGUUAAGAUGAUUGUAGAGGUGAGUAAAUCAUCUUGCAUCCUUACAACGCAAGCAAUAAUGCGACUUCUGAAGUCUAAGGAGGCCGCUGCAGCUGUGGACAUUAAGACAUGGCCAACUAUUUUGGACACAGAGGACAUGCCAAAGAAAAAGGUAUUGCGUGUUUUCAGGCCAGCAUCACCAGAAACUCUGGCAUAUCUGGAUUUCAGUGUGUCUACUACGGGAAUAUUAGCAGGAGUGAAGAUGUCCCAUACAGCAUGCAGUGCCUUAUGCCGCUCUAUCAAGCUUCAGUGUGAACUGUAUCCUUCUCGUCAGAUAGCGAUUUGCCUGGAUCCAUACUGUGGUUUAGGCUUUGCUCUAUGGUGCCUGUGCAGUGUAUAUUCUGGACACCAGUCUAUUUUGGUGCCCCCAUUGGAGUUGGAGAGCAAUGCCUCCCUAUGGCUGAGCGCUGUUAGCCAAUACAAAGUACGGGUCACUUUCUGCUCUUACUCUGUUAUGGAAAUGUGCACUCGAGGCCUAGGAACACAGACUGGUACCUUGAGGUCACGAGGUGUGAAUCUUUCCUGUGUACGCACAUGCAUGGUAGUAGCAGAGGAGCGCCCACGUAUUUCCCUUACUCAGUCCUUCUCGAAAUUGUUUAAGGACCUGGGGCUUUCCACCAGGGCUGUCAGCACCACAUUUGGCUGCAGAGUCAACGUGGCCAUUUGUUUACAGCCCAACAGACUGGGCAAGCUUGCUGACCAGGGUACUGCUGGUCCUGACCCAACCACUGUGUAUGUAGAUAUGCGAGCCCUUCGCCAUGAUCGGGUGCGCUUAGUUGAGAGGGGAUCCCCACACAGUCUUCCACUGAUGGAAUCUGGAAAGAUUCUCCCAGGUGUUAAGGUUAUCAUUGCGCACACAGAGACCAAAGGACCACUUGGGGACUCUCACCUAGGAGAGAUCUGGAUAAGCAGCCCACACAAUGCUAAUGGUUAUUACACUGUGUAUGGAGAGGAAGCUCUGCACGCCGAUCACUUUAAUGCACGUCUGAGCUUCGGUGAUACUCAGACUGUGUGGGCACGGACAGGAUACCUAGGGUUUCUUCGGAGAACAGAGCUGACUGAUGCAAGUGGAGAGAGGCACGAUGCUCUGUAUGUGGUGGGUUCCUUGGAUGAGACUUUGGAGUUACGUGGUAUGAGGUACCACCCAAUCGACAUAGAAACAUCUGUCAUUCGGGCACACAAAAACAUUGCUGAGUGUGCUGUCUUUACAUGGACAAAUUUGCUGGUAGUUGUGUUAGAGCUUGAUGGACCAGAACAAGAAGCACUAGAUCUGGUGGCGCUGGUGACCAAUGUAGUUUUGGAGGAGCAUUACCUUAUUGUGGGGGUAGUGGUGAUUGUGGAUCCUGGUGUCAUUCCCAUUAAUUCUCGUGGGGAGAAGCAGCGUAUGCAUUUACGAGAUGGGUUUCUGGCUGAUCAGCUGGAUCCUAUUUAUGUUGCCUACAACAUGUGAGUUGACUUUGGUUGCUUCAUGCCUUAACCACUGACACACUGGGCGAUGCAGAAGCUACAGAAGAUUCUAAUGACUGCCUCUUCUCAGCAAGGUGCUAGCAUGCUGCUGUCUUUCUUCAGAGACAAUGUGCAGCAGCUGAGUUGUAAUCUCAACCCCUUAGGAUGUCUGCUGCUAGGCACAAUGAAGGAGGACCUUUCUGUUCUUGCCAAUUAUCUUCUACAUCAGAAUGUAUCUAUAGGAUAUCUACAUUGUUUUUUUUUUUUUUUACUGUGACACUGGAUGUAGCUUACCCCAUACCAGCUGCUGCUGUUUCUGUGCAGUUGUUCUGCAUCUUGUGUCCUACAGAGCCCGACUUCAUGCAAUAAUGUGAAUCUCAUGGAACUGUUACACCGUAGGACCUUGAAUUUUUUUUAUAUAUACAAAAUAGAGGUGUAUUCCCUCUGAGCCAAGUUGUUGGACUUAAACGUUUCCAAAGCGCGUGUACCAGCUGAGGGUGAGCACCCUUUUAUUGAAUGGAAUGUAAUUAUGUACAGAAGCUGUGUAAUUUAUUUAGUACAUCAUGCUCGAACUUUCCCAUUGGUUCUGAGGAAAAAAAAAAAUCACAGGACCAUAUCACUUUUAAAACUCUUUUUAUAUCAAAAAAUGAAAUGGAAAAAAAAAUGCAUUUAGCACUCUGGAGCCCAACAGUUACCUGGGAAAUUACAAAAAAAAAAAAAGAUAAAAAGCACAUUAAAUAUUUUAAAAUUUC